GCCUGACUUCCUCCCAGCACAUUCCUGCACUCCAACUGCGUCCACACUGCCCCGGAGACCCAGACCCAGGGCCCAGAGCCCGCGGCGGCCCCCCAGUAAGCCCUCCGGCUGGGUCUUGCCACAGUGCCAGCAGGUGGCCUUGGGCUGGGAGCUGGGGGCACACAACCCUGAGACCUCAGCGGGCUACCCUUUGAGGGUGGCCAGGCUGCCAGCGGCCCACCUGUCACCUCUGCCCCCAGCCUUGCUGGCCCCUGGUCCCACUGGCUCCCCAGAUGCCUGGCUGAGACUCAGCAGUGGCCCAAGCUGCCCCCGCCUCCUCCUGGCCCCGGGGGUUGCCGCUGCAGCAGGCGACUUGGGCACCAGGAGGCUAACGGACACAGCCGCUGGCCCGAGCAGCAGUGGCAUGGGCAGCGCCAGCCCCAGCCUGAGCAGCCUGCCCCCCAGCCGCCUCCUCCUGUCCCCCAACACUGUGCUGCGGGCAGGCCCAGAGAAGGCGGCAGCCGGGGCGGUGGGGCCCGACAGACGGGACUGGAGCCCCAGCCCGCCGGCCACGCCCGAGCAGGGCCUGUCCGCCUUCUACCUCUCCUGCUUGGACAUGCUGUACCCCGACGACAGCAGCUGGGCCGCCAAGGGCCCCGGGGCCAGCAGCCGGGAGGAGCCGCCCGAGGAGCCCGAGCAGUGCCCAGUCAUCGACAGCCAAGCGCCCGGGGGCAGCCUGGACUUGGCGCCCGGAGGGCUGAGCCUGGAGGAGCACUCGCUGGAGCAGGUGCAGUCCAUGGUGGUGGGCGAGGUGCUCAAGGACAUCGAGACAGCCUGCAAGCUGCUCAACAUCACGGCAGACCCCGUGGACUGGAGUCCAGGCAACGUGCAGAAGUGGCUGCUGUGGACGGAGCACCAGUACCGGCUGCCCCCCGUGGGCAAGGCCUUCCAGGAGCUGGGGGGCAAGGAGCUGUGCGCCAUGUCGGAGGAGCAGUUCCGCCAGCGCUCGCCGCUGAGUGGGGAGGUGCUGCACGCCCACCUGGACAUCUGGAAAUCAGCGGCCUGGAUGAAAGAGAGGACCUCCCCCGGGGCGGUUCACUUCUGCGCCUCGACCAGCGAGGAGAGCUGGACGGACAGCGAAGUGGACUCCUCCUGCUCCGGGCAGCCCAUCCACCUGUGGCAGUUCCUCAAGGAGCUGCUGCUGAAGCCGCACAGCUACGGCCGCUUCAUCCGGUGGCUCAACAAGGAGAAGGGCAUCUUCAAAAUUGAGGACUCCGCCCAGGUGGCCCGGCUGUGGGGCAUCCGGAAGAACCGCCCCGCCAUGAACUACGACAAGCUGAGCCGCUCCAUCCGCCAGUAUUACAAGAAGGGCAUCAUCCGGAAGCCGGACAUCUCCCAGCGCCUCGUCUACCAGUUCGUGCACCCCAUCUGAGGGCGGGCCAGGCCUCCCUCCGGCCUGCCCCUGGCCCAGCAGACCCCGCGCUGGGGAGAGGGAGUCUGCUGGCAUUCCGAGUCCAAGGUCAGGGAGGGGAGGGCCCACUGCUCCCAGAGUGCAAGUGAGCUCUCUGCCCCCCACUGCCCUCAUGGGGUGCCUCCUCCUCAGGCCCCACUGCUCCUGUGCCCAGCCACUCAGCCACUACAGGACGGAGGGCACCGGCUGUCCCCGGUGCUCACAGCUCCCCAGGGAAGGCACUCCCUGCCUCUGAUCCCAGCAUUUCCAGAGCAGACCUGACAGAAUGGCAAUGACUUGUCCAAGGCCACUCAGUCCAGUGCUCUCUGCCACUCAGGCCUGGCAUGGUGCUGGGGAGCCAGAGGUGCCCCUGGGAAUGGGUAAUAAAGAUACCAGAAAACUGA